UAACAUUCCUGUUUGCUGACGCUCAGUGCCUGAGUUUCGUACUGCCGCCGCUGCUGCACCGUGAAGCGGGGAAGGUCCAUGAGAAGGUCUUCAUCAGGACCAGAGAGAGGGUCGAGCCAGUCCAACCACCACCACCACCACCUUUCUCUCUCUCUCUCUCUCUCUGCAAACAGAAAGCAUCACCUUCAGCAUACACGUGCAAGCAUCGUCGGACUAAAGCAGACAGAAAGGGGGAAAUCAGAACUCAUACGCGUUUGGUUUGAAAGAAAGUGCACAAUUCAAAAAAAAAGAAGCCGAGAACAAAGCGUGGCGAGCAGUGUGUGCUCUCCCCCCACCCACCCACCUCCUCCCGCACUCCCAGUAAAACUGGAACUUCCCCUUGUCAGUCAGAGCGACCGGGACUGCCGCUGUCAGUCCCACAACCUGGGGCGACUGUUACAUUUUAUGCGCCGCCUCUAACACAAAGCUUCCUUGCAUCUAAACACACGCAAAAAAAGCCACAAAAAAAACACGUUUCAACAAAAAGACGAUUUAUUUGGCUUUCGGGAUACAGUCGAGUCGUCAUCUGGCUGCCCAUGAGCACAGUUUUCCAGCUGUAUAGCUUCAGGAUGCCAAACAUCGGGUUCCAGAACCUCCCCCUCAACAUCUACAUUGUGGUCUUCGGGACAGCAAUCUUCGUCUUCAUCCUCAGCUUACUGUUCUGCUGUUACUUAAUCAGGUUACGCCACCAAGCACACAAGGAGCUCUAUGCCUACAAGCAGGUCAUACUGAAAGAGAAAGUAAAAGAACUCAAUUUGCAUGAGAUUUGCGCCGUGUGCUUGGAGGAGUUCAAGUCGAAGGACGAGCUGGGGAUCUGCCCGUGCAAGCACGCCUUCCACCGCAAGUGCCUGAUCAAGUGGCUGGAGGUGCGGAAGGUUUGCCCACUGUGCAACACGCCUGUGCUCCAAACUGACCAGGAGGCCGGAGCGGUGAACGGGACUGACAAUCUGGUGUAACCAUCCACGUCCCACGCCAGCACCCACGCCCAACACCCCCGGCUGUUUGUAGAGCAACACACGAGAAGGAUUUACCACUUUUUUAUUUUCUCGUUACCAUUGUUUAUUUUUUUCCGCCCGCCAUUUCUUAUUUCUGCGUGAGUGACGAUCCCACACUGAUCCGCCGAGACCGGUAACCCGACGAGGGCUGAGAUUUCCAGCGGGAGAACCUCAAUCGAAGACAGACGCAAAAUGCUGGAGUAACUCAGUGGGGACAGGCAGCAGCAUCUCUGGAGAAAAGGAAUGGAUGACGUUUCGGGUCGAGACCCUUCUUCAGACUGAUCACGGUCCCAUCGCUGGUUGUCACCCGGUGCGGGCUCGGGAGGAGGGGGGGGGGUGGGAACAGGACGACCUGAGAUAAAGCACUUUUGUCAUUGGAUUUGCCAGCAACUGCAACUGCUGCUGGACAUUUGCCUUAGUAAAUGCAGCGGCCACAUUGAAGAGCUAUUAAAAAAAGAGGCCACUUUA